AUGAGACCAAUUUCCAACUUGGAUGUCUUCAUCCUCACUUUCAAUGCUGCAAAACGUGAGAUUGACAUUCCCGUUUUUGCUCGACACCUCUAUAAUGCUUUUGGUCAAAAUGCUUCAAGCCUACCUGAGCUGCUUGCUAUUUCCCUCCAGGAAAUGGCGCCGUUAGCUCAAGCGUUCAUCGGCUCGUACGUGCUCAAUCCUUACUUCCAACGCUAUGAAUCUGCCGUCAAUACCGCAGCUGCCAUGUUUAUUGCAAGAGAAGAACGGCAGAGCCGCCCGGUAGAUAAUCCGUAUACGUUGAUAACCACGCGUAAUGUUGGAAUGACAGGUAUUUUGCUCUUCGCUCGCGAAUUGGAAGCCGUACAGGGCCUUCGAACAGCAGAAGUUGGAUUCGGUGCUGGUGAUAUGGCAAACAAGGGCGCCGUGGGACUUCGAAUACUUUACAGAAAGGACAAUGAGGACGGCUCAUUACCGAUAUCAACCGAACUUACCUUUGUCAGCGCACACCUAGCCGCCAUGGAAUGGAAUCUCAGUAAAAGGAAUAAGAAUUGGGAGAGUAUUGUUUCCGGCCUCAUAUUCGAGGACCCUAAGAAGACUUCAGAGAGGUCAUCGACGCAGCACAAACUUCACAAUGCCGACGAUUCUGAAACUCAAGAACCUCUUCUUGGACAAGAGAUAACACAAAAGGCCAUACAUGACGUCUCCAUAUACAAGCCGGGUUCCCAUCUUUUUAUUAGCGGUGACCUCAAUUAUCGGGUAUCCAAAUCAUCGCCAGCCCCGAACUCGACCUUUCCUAACCUUGAUCCCGAGAGCCCAAAUCACUUCUCCCGGUUCUUAUCCCGCGAUCAACUGAACGCAGAGAAGGCCGCUGGGCGCACACUACAUGGAUUGAGUGAGGCGCCCAUUAAAUUUCCACCAACGUACAAGCUCGUGCCGUCGCCUAAAAGUCUAAUUCAGAGGGGGUCUAGUCAGACUGAGAGCGAGGAUGAUGGUUCGGAUAAAUUUGAAUGGUCCUGGGCUGUUCAUCGAUGGCCUAGCUGGUGUGACCGAAUCCUGUUCCUUGAAAUUCCCUGGUGGGCUCGAGAGACCGCGGGCGAUAUAAGGAUGAAUGUCACGGCCUAUGACGCAUUUCCUGCCGUUAGAUCGAGCGAUCAUAGAGCCGUAUUCUUGCGCUUAGAGAUCCCGAUGCUUGAGCCUGCUGAGCUUCUACCAACCGAGUAUGCUUUCAAGACGGAGUUGGGUACCGACGGACAUCAGCCCAUAGACCCGCGCAUCAAGCUGCCUUUUCCUAUAGAUUUCCGGUCGCGGGGACAUCGAGCCCAGGUGAAGAAGUGGGAAUCUACUAUUGGCUGGUUGAUGUUAGUCUCGCAGUCAAAACAAGGAAUCGUGGCUUUUGUUGUUCUACUCCUUGUCGGCCUUGGUACUUGGUGGUAUCAGUCGCGAUAG